CCGCCUUCUUGCGUUCUGUACCGCUCUAUCGUCUCUAACGAGUUGCCAGGGUAGUUUGAGAACCCUGCUCGACAAAGGUCGGGCGUUGUUCUUCAGUUUCAGCAAAGCCACACAUCGUGAAUGAAUCGAAUGCUGUGAUUUUUGUGUAGUUCCAGUAAACCCAGUGCCAAUUUUAUAAACAUUUCGCCUUUGUGCAGUGAUUUUUAACUAACCGUUCCGUAAAAUCAGUCAAGCUGUGGGGCGCCGGCGCUUUUUUUCUUCCCCCCCAGGGGAUGUACUACCCGCACAUGGUCCAGACGGGUAUGACGGCUCCCUUCCCCGGAGCUGCGACGGCCACCCCGACUGGUUUCCCGACGCAAAACGGCGAAAUCAAACCGGGGGCGGAGGAGAAACCGGCGGUUUCCGCCCUCCUCCCGCCGCCGACCGGUGCCACGGCGCCGGGCGCAGGACCGCCUUUCAGUCCGCCUCCUCCGCAACCACCUCCGACAGCGGAACCACCAGUAAGCAUAGCGUGUAGUCCGGCGACUUUGGCGGCACAGUCGCAAAAUAAUUACAAGUGCGAACAGAUUUCUACGGUAAACGAUAACGAUAAUGGUUCUUCGGUUCCGCCUCCAACUUCAGAGUCUUCGGAUGGUACGACCAAUCAAUCGGCAGGUCAGGCAGCUACAGAUAUUUCGAAAAAUCAACCUAAAAGGCUACACGUUUCCAACAUUCCAUUCAGGUUUAGGGAUCCAGAUCUUAGAGCCAUGUUCGGGCAAUUUGGCCCAAUUUUAGAUGUAGAAAUAAUUUUCAACGAACGUGGAUCUAAGGGUUUCGGUUUUGUAACAUUCGCAAAUAGUGCUGAUGCGGAGCGCGCACGAGACCGUCUACAUGGCACCGUGGUUGAGGGAAGAAAAAUAGAGGUAAAUAACGCAACUGCUAGAGUACAAACCAAAAAACCUCCGACUUUACCUACAGUACCAGUCAUACAAUGGUCGGACGCGACGUUACGCGCAGGCGUAGCCGCUCUUCAGCGCGGCAGAGCCCGCGCGGCGUAUCCUACAGCGGCGGCGGCGGCCGCGGCCGCUGCGGCUUUCGCCAGACACCCCACUCCAUUAACAGCCGGCUCUCUCCACGGAUACACUCCCGUUAUCAAUACUCUACCGGUAGAUGGCGGUGUUUACUACGAUCCAUUCCUAGCUGCCCAUGCUGCCGAUCCAAAUUAUACAAGACUGCAAGCGGCGGCAGCUGCGGCGGCGGCGACACCUUUACUCAAAACUCCCCUCUCGACCGCCCAACAGGCUAGUUACGCGGCAGCGGCGACGUAUACGGCGGUCGCGGCGAGAUACGGAGCGGCGGCCGCUGCUCAACCCGUCGCCGGAUACGCGGUCGCAGGAUACGGUAGAGAUUACGCGGAUCCUUAUUUGGGACACGGAAUCGGACCGAUGGCUGGAUAUGGGGCCGCUGUGUAUCGUAGUGGUUACAACCGUUUCACGCCCUACUAAACAUAUCAGCAGCUCCGUUGGGCCUACCACCCUAAAUACUCAAAAUAAACGUUAAUCGUCUUGUGUACGUAGCACAAUGCAGCACAAAAACAAAUAAAUGAAAAUAUAUAUAUAUAAAUAUAUGAUUUUAAGAUUUGAAUAAGGAAUAUAAGAGCCAAAGAGCUGAAAGUAAAAAAGAAAACUCACUAAUGUAAAAACCCUUGUGAUAGCCCAAAAAAAGCUAACCCAGCUCUCUAUUAUUAAGCGUUAAGAUUUAAUUAGGAUUUUCCGUACACUUAUACUCGCUAAAUUCGAUGUCAAACGUAUCUUUUAAUUAUUUUUCCCAAUCUCGUUCGAGUCACUUGUCAAAUUUGUCGCAUUUCAAUGUCACUUGUCAAAUUUAUAACUUGGAUUCAACAAUACCAACUAAUUAGAAUGUUUUCCACUAAAACUGUUCAAUUCACUUGUCAAAUCGACAUUUUUAAAUCAUUAUUAUCAACCAACUGACAUGUUUUCCCCCUUAUACAGUUAAAUUGUCAUUUUUCGAUGUCACUUGUCAAAUUCAUAACUUGGAUUCAGUAAUACCAACUAAUUAGAAUGUUUUCCACUAAAACUGUUCAAUUCACUUGUCAAAUCGACAUUUUUAAAUCAUUAUUACCAACCAGCUGACAUGUUUUCCCCCUUAUACAGUUAAAUUGUCAUUUUUCGAUGUCACUUGUCAAAUCCAUAACUUGGAUUCGGUAAUACCAACUAAUUAGAAUGUUUUCCACUAAAACUGUUCAAGUCACUUGUCAAAUCGACAUUUUUAAAUCAUUAUUACCAACCAGCUGACAUGUUUUCCCCCUUAUACAGUUAAAUUGUCAUUUUUCGAUGUCACUUGUCAAAUUCAUAACUUGGAUUCAGUAAUACCAACUAAUUAGAAUGUUUUCCACUAAAACUGUUCAAUUCACUUGUCAAAUCGACAUUUUUAAAUCAUUAUUACCAACCAGCUGACAUGUUUUCCCCCUUAUAAAGUUAAAUUGUCAUUUUUCGAUGUCACUUGUCAAAUCCAUAACUUGGAUUCGGUAAUACCAACUAAUUAGAAUGUUUUCCACUAAAACUGUUCAAGUCACUUGUCAAAUCGACAUUUUUAAAUCAUUAUUACCAACCAGCUGACAUGUUUUCCCCCUUAUACAGUUAAAUUGUCAUUUUUCAAUACCACUUGUCAAAUUCAUAACUUGGAUUCAACAAUACCAACUAAUUAGAAUGUUUUCCACUAAAACUGUUCAAGUCACUUGUCAAUUUGACAGUUUUUAAUCAGUAGCACCAAUCAGCUGAAAUUUUACUCCUCAAGACAGCUGAAAUGUCACAUGUCACAUUUGUAAAACCAACUUAUUUGAAUCAGUAAUACCAACCAAUUGAAAUAUUUUUCUCCGUGCUUGUUGUGUAAUUCAUCUUAUUGGUGCAACUGAAUUAACGAUGCCAACCUGCUAAAAUCCUGUUUCCUCUAAAUCUGUCAAAUUGACAUAUGUCAAAUCGGUGAUACUAACCAGCUGACAUGUUUUCCCCCUUAUACAGUUAAAUUGUCAUUUUUCGAUGUCACUUGUCAAAUUCAUAACUUGGAUUCAGUAAUACCAACUAAUUAGAAUGUUUUCCACUAAAACUGUUCAAGUCACUUGUCAAAUCGACAUUUUUAAAUCAUUAUUACCAACCAGCUGACAUGUUUUCCCCCUUAUACAGUUAAAUUGUCAUUUUUCAAUGUCACUUGUCAAAUCCAUAACUUGGAUUCAGUAAUACCAACUAAUUAGAAUGUUUUCCACUAAAACUGUUCAAGUCACUUGUCAAAUCGACAUUUUUAAAUCAUUAUUACCAACCAGCUGACAUGUUUUCCCCCUUAUACAGUUAAAUUGUCAUUUUUCGAUGUCACUUGUCAAAUCCAUAACUUGGAUUCGGUAAUACCAACUAAUUAGAAUGUUUUCCACUAAAACUGUUCAAGUCACUUGUCAAUUUGACAGUUUUUAAUCAGUAGCACCAAUCAGCUGAAAUUUUACUCCUCAAGACAGCUGAAAUGUCACAUGUCACAUUUGUAAAACCAACUUAUUUGAAUCAGUAAUACCAACCAAUUGAAAUAUUUUUCUCCGUGCUUGUUGUGUAAUUCAUCUUAUUGGUGCAACUGAAUUAACGAUGCCAACCUGCUAAAAUCCUGUUUCCUCUAAAUCUGUCAAAUUGACAUAUGUCAAAUCGGUGAUACCAAUCAACUGACAUGUUUUUCCCUAUACUUGUUCGAGUCUAUUAUUUUGUUGGUAUCAUCGAAUGAAUCGUGCCAACCAAUUGAAAUGUUUUCUUCUAAAACUGUCAAAUUGACACAUGUCAAACCAGUGAUACCAAUUUACUGACAUUUUUCCCCCUGAUUUGUUAAUUUUUUGAUAACCUAAAAUGAGUAAUGUCAAUCAGCUGAUACUUAUUUUAAAAUCCCCUAAAUUCGAAUCAAAAUUCCCUAACUUUGACAGUCGAAAGAUUCGACAUGAAUAAAUUUUUAUGUAAAAGAGAAGAAUAAAAAAGACAUUUCUGUAAAUACACUGAAAAAACAGUCAACUGCUAAUAAAUAUUGGGAAAAAUAUUAAAAACGAUGUAUUUGAUAUUGAAUUAUCAUUGUGGACCACUGUUUUUUGUACAGGGACCACAAAAAUUAGGAUUUUUCUUAGAUCUAAAUCAGAAUCUCAAAUUUUUUGAUAUUUUUUUUGUGAAUUUUCAUACGGAUUCUGAUCUAGGCGAUAAUCUCUAAUGAUGCUUUGAAUCUUGUUAUAAUUUACUUUAUAGGAAUAGAGGGCGUUUUAAUCUCUUGUAUAAAUUAGUGAAUAAUUAAUAUUUUUAAUUAAAUCGAACUCAAAUUGGGAUAAUCAAAUUUUUCAAUUUCAUUUAAAUCCAUUUAUCGACGUUAACAAUUUUUUUUUAUUUUUUUCCCCUCCAUUUUGUUUUUAUACUCCAAUUUCCCCAAUUAUAUUUAUUUCUAUGUCCCCUUGUAUCAUAUUCUGUUACUUUUUUUUUCUUCUUUUAAGCCCAGUCUAAACCCGAUUCAAUUCUACGUUUUCUUCUUCUUUCCAAUUUCCUCUUUCUGCUAAAUUUUUAUUUUCCUGGUCAUUUCUGAUGAUUUUUUUCAUCAUUUACAAAUCUUGUAUUUCAACUGUUUCAUUUCUAGAAUUAUUUCGUUAAUUAAAUGUUUUUUUCCCUCCCUAUCAUGUUUUCAAAUUAUAAUUUUUCAUUUUUCAUUUCUACGUACCCUGUAUACUUUUACUUUGUUUUUGUUUUUCAAAUUAUCCUCGGCCAGGGCCAAAUCGAAUUCCAUUUUGUGUUCUAUGCGUUUCUGAUGACUAAUAUCAAAUUUUAUAUACGAGGUUUGUUCGAAAAUAUGAAUUCCGAUUAAACAUAAAGUAUCUUUAUAUUGAGUAAUAUCGAUAAUUGUUGUUUAAAAAAUGAUUAGAGAUAAAAUUUAUGUAAUUAAAACCAUCUUUAUCGAAAAUUAGGUUCUUUAUAGUAAUUUUUCUAUUUAGAAUUAUUAUAUUAAUUUUGAGGUGAUUGUAAUUUUUUUUUUUUCAAAAUAGAUGGAUUUAACUGCAUGAAAUUUUUAUUCUUAAUAAUAAAUUUAUUAACAAUUUUCAAUAUUAUCAACUAUACAAAAUUUAACUUAUUAGUAAAUUUCAUUUUUCGACGAACCUUGUAUACGAUUGAAAAAGAAAAUUGGUUAUAUUUCAAAUUUUGGAAUUUUUUAUCGAAAAUAUCUUCAGUUUCAUGAGAAUAAUGAUAAAAAAUGUUUUUUAUGUGAUCUCAACUUAGGGACAUAUACAGUAUGUCCUCCUAAAUUGAAAUUAUAUGGAAAACAUUUUAAUUAUAAUGUUUAGAAAAAAAAAUAAUCGUGAUAAAAGGUUCUAAAAGUUAUAAAAAAAUGAAAUUUAAUCAAGUUUCUUCAUAAUUAAUUAUAUCAGAAAUUAUUAUGUAAAAAAAUGAUUGUUGAUAUUAUUAAUUAUGAAAAAACUGCUUUUUUUAACAAACCUCGUAUACGACUGGAAAAAAAUUAAUAUUAAUUGAUUGUUUAUUCGUUUUUAUAAGUUUUAGAACCUUUAUCACGAUUAUUUUUUGUUUCUAAACAUUAUAAUUAAUGAUUCCAAUUUAGGAGGACAUACUGUAUAUCCCACUAAGUUGAGAUCACAUAAAAAACCUUUUUUAUAAUUAUUCUCUUGAAACUGAAGAUAUUUUCGAUAAAAAAAUCCAAAAUUUGAAAUAUAACAAAUUUUUUUCCAGUGGUAUACGAGGCUCGUCGAAAAAUUAAUUUCCCAAGCUCACCUAUAUACCUUGUUAAUUAAGUUAAUUGAAAAUAUGAACGAUUUUGAUAACAUAUUUGACGCUAAUUUCAUCAUUUUUUUAAUAAUCAUCAUUGUUAUUAUUAAUUAUGAAGUAACUUGAUUAAAUUGCAACUUUUUUAACGAACCUCGUAUACGACAGGAUAAAAAAUUGGUUCUAUUAAAAAUUUUCGAAUUUUUCAUCGAAAAUAACUUUAGUUUCAUGAAAAUAAUGAUAAAAAAUGUUUUUUAUGUGAUCUCAACUUAGUGGGAUAUACAGUAUGUCCUCCUAAAUUGGAAUCAUUAGUUAUAAUGUUUAGAAACAAAAAUUAAUCGUGAUAAAAGGUUCUAAAACUUAUAAAAACGAAAAAACAAUCAACAAAUAUUAAUUUUUUCCCAGUCGUAUACGAGGAUUGUUAAAAAAUACAAAUUUAUAAAUAACGAUAUUAUCCAUCAUAAGUUUAAAAAAAUGUUCAAAACUACGUUUAAAUACUUAAUUGAUAAAUUUUACAUUAAAAAGUUUUUUAAUUAUUAUAUUUUUGAUAAAAUUAUUUAACAAAGUAUAAAGUUAGACUUUGUAAAAAUAAUUUUUUCGACGAACCUUGUAUACGACCGAAACAAAAUUCAAUAUCUAACGAUCACAUUGAAAAUUCUAGUAAUUUUUAACAAAAAAUCAUUUUUUUUUUCUCAAAAAUAUAAAUAAAAAAAAAUUGGGAGGAAAUUUCUUGAAAUUUAAAAAAACAUUGUUAAUUAAAUUAAAUCGAACAAUACAUAUUUGAUCACAAUUUCAGUUCGGACCAUUCUCGAAUUCAAUAUAAAAUAAGCAACGUUGCCAGUUGUAAUAAAUUUACCUAAAACUAAUACAUCACAAAUUAAGAUAUUUCACAUUUAAUUUUGAUUUCUGAAAUAUAUAUUUCAGAAAACGGAGAUAUUAAAACCAACCCCUUGAUAUUUAUCGUUCUGUGAAUAUUUAUAAGGAUGUUAUGCAAAAAAAGAUGCCAUAUUAUGACCGAAAUAUUAAAUAACGUCUUAGAAUCUCACGUAAAAGCAAUUUUAUCAUGUCCUCCAAUUUCAAUAUCGUGUAUAUAUAUAUAAAUAUUGAAAAGUGAGCCAAUUAUUACUCGUAGGAUGUUCAUUGUAGCUAUAGUUUGACAACACCGUGUAUUUCGUUCAGUUUCGAAUAAUAAAUUUCGACCGAAGCUUUAAUUAAAUAACUGUAAUGGAAAUGUCCAACUGCUACUCCAUCUUUUACUGUGAUUUUCCCGUUUUAUUUUCUGGCUAUUCGAUAAAUUCUUCUUCUUCGCCUACUUCUCACACUUUAACUGUUCAUUCCACUUCCUCUUUCUUUAUUUCUUAUCGUACCACCACAUUUUAUCCCCCUUCACGGAUUCACAUCAAAUUUACAUACAUUUACACAUUUUGUUGAUCGAUUCUAUUUCUUCUUCUUCUUCUUCUUCUUCACAAAUUCUACCAUCAUUUCUCUUCUUCUUUACUUGAUUCUUCUGUUUCCAUGUUUUGUGUGGCUUCUUCCGUUGUUCGUAUAACUUUGUGUCUUUCCAUUUCCAAUUUUCAAGUCUGUUUUUAAGCCUGAUACUAUUUUCUUUUGUUUUUCGACUUUUUCUUCUUCUUUAUUAGUUUCUCUUCCGGUUUUUUGUUAAUUCCUUGUGCUGUUCCGUCUUCUUCUUCUACUUUUACCCAAUUUAAUGUUCCGUAUAACUGCUUUAGCUUCUUCAUUCUUAUAUUCUUCUUUUAUUUGUCGUUUUAUCUUCUUUUUGGUUACUUCCACUUGUAGUUGUUCAUCUACUUGUUGUAGUACGAUGGAAUGUUUAAAAAUCGAUUUUUUCAGUGCAGAUAUUUAAUAAAAAAUCGAUCGGUCAUCAAUUUCGACACAAUUUCUCUAGGUUUAGGUUGAAUAUUCGACAAAUACAUUGAUAUUAUAAAUGUUAUUGAUUUAGUUUAGUUUUCUGACUGGUAGACGUAAAAUAUUUUGACUUUCCGGAAACGUGGAAAGUGAUACCCGAAAGGUAUAAGUGUAUCGGAAACCAACAAAUUUUUUUUAGUGUUUUAUUGUAAUUUGUUUUUGAUUAUCUAUAUUUUGAUACUCUUACUUUUAGGUGGACGAAUUAUGUCCGCAUUACAUAUCGAAAUCUACCGUUUAGCUCUCUAGGUAUAUGUACAGUUCAUUUUUUUUUUCUUUUCAGUGAUUCGUUGUUUUUCGUGUGAUGUUGAACGGAUGUGUUUUCGCGAAUUUUUUUCUUCUAAAUUUACCGAUAAAAGUCUUUUGUCUUGUUGGAUAAUGGAAAUUAAAACGAUUUACGUGCUUUUUCGGUACUAAAGGGGGUGAAAAUCGAUAAGGGAUCGAGAAAAGUCUGUUUUUUAUCAUUUUUUUCUGCUCUUUUCGAUAUUUAAAACAUAUUAUUGAAACUUUGCAACAUUAUCUUUUUCUUAGUGUAGAAUAACAACAGUUUUAUAUUGUCAUUCAAGGCAAAUUUCAUCUCGAUUGAAUCCGAUGUAUUUGAACGCAUAUUUACAAAAAUAUUUUGUUUGACAGCCUGUCGAUUCUGUCGAAAAUCAUCGAUUUCUCAUAAAACUGUCAAAAAUCUCAAUUUUAUACGCUUUUUGACACAAUUUCGCAACCCGGAUAUAUGCAUAAUUCUCUUUUUCUUAGUGUAGACAACCUUGUCAAAAAUCUUUUAUUAUGAUAUCAAAUUCUGAAAAUCUUUAGAUUCCCCUUUGCCAAAAAUCCUUUUCUAUUUUAAAUUGUGGAGAGACACUCGUAAAUUUUUUUUCUUAGUGUAGAAUCACAAUUUCCUAUUGUUUUUCGAGUAUAUUUCUGUCACGAUACUUUAAUUUAUACAGCUGACAGCCUGUCAUUUGUCAAACCUUUUCUAUAUAGAACUGUCAAUACAACAUGUCAUUUGUCAAAUAUUUAUUUAUAUAAAUUUCAUAAACAUUUCAUAUCCGUAUCUUUUACAAACGUUGAUUUAUCUUAGUGUAGAAUGACAAUGUUUCCUUUUUUUUCAAAAUUAUUAAUAGUUAGACUUUUUAUUGACUGGCUGUCAUUUGUCAAAUAUCACUUUUUUGUAUAUAACUGUCUAAACGUAAUUCACUAAAUAAUUUUAUAUCGUGGACUUUUAUAAGGAUUCAUACUUCUUAGUGUAGUUUUUUUUUGUGACAUUGACUCGUUUAUUUUCGUAUCCAACAUUAACAACGGACUUUCAACAGAUAAUUUUUAUUUUAACUGAAGUUUAUUGGAAUUUUACUUUUAUUUUUUAAAAUUGUACACAAAUGCAAUAAUUUUUUUUUCUAUUUUGAAAAUACAUCCCAUCGAUUGAAGCCAACUUUUCUCUAGUCGCUGUAUAUAUCCCAUACACGUACAAAUCAUCCCAUCAAUUCGAUCUUAUACCGAAAAAAAAGUGUGAAGAAAACGGAAUAUAAAGUACACUCAGAAAACAUUUUUAUUUCUAGACAUAACAUAAGAUACACUGCCGGUGAAAAUUUUUUAUUAAAUUAACAUAUAAUGAAAAAAUUACUGUUUCCAUUGAAAAAUUAGUAAAACAACACCCUGUAACACCCCAACAAAAAGUGGAAUUCCAUUUUCUUUACACCUUCAAACUAUUUUUAUUUUAUUUUUUUUCUUAUGGCAAAAAACUCGUAACGUCACGAGAAGCACAAAUUCAAACGUUACAUCAACAAUAAUUGUUAUUUUAUACUAUUUAACUGUUUUAUUUGAUUCGACAGUUUCCUUUCAGGUGAUAUGAUUGGUGAUUGUGUAUGUGAAAAAUAUGAAAUAAAGAGAAAUAAUUAAGGC